UUUUUUACAAAAAAAAAAAAAAAAGUACUUUGGUUUUGUGUUUGAAGUCAAUGCAGUUAGUUCAAAGACAUAACUGUAACUGGUUUUAGAUUUGUUUGACUUUGACGGUUUUAGUUGUUUCACAUGUUACAGUGAAGUGUUGUUAAUUAUGAUCAGUUAUCUCCAAUUCUCACUACAAAUUCUAUACUUUUUGUUUCUGUCCUGUUUUUCUUAAGAUUCUUUGAAUUGUGGAAUCUGUAACCUUAAUGGAUUCUCCAGUGUUCAAUUACAUAAACAGUUUGUCUCCAAUAAGACCAGUCAGAUCCAUACCAAAUCCUAACCAAUUUAGCUCUCUGAAUUUCACUUCCCCUCCCUCUGUUUUCACUUCACCUCACCUAACUUCUUCUCACAAAGAAUCCAGAUUCUUCAAAACUCACAACUCUUCUUCUUCUGAUCCUACCAAUUCCGUUGAAUCUCAAGAAGACGAGUCUACUUCUCAUGAAGAAGUUCCAGCAGAAGGAGAAGAUACAAAAGGUCUUAACAUAGAUGAUUGCAUGCGAGAAGAAGCUUCAGUUGAAACGAAUCUUGAUGAUUCCGUUGCUUCACCGUGUGGUGGAAAUACUACUGAUCUUUCGCUUGUUCCUUACGCUCCUACUCGAGGAGAGGAUGGUUCUUGUGAGGAUAAUGGAAUGGAGCUGCAGAAGAUGCAUGAUAAUGUUCAGGGGAAAACUGAAACUCCGGAUUGGGAAAGUUUGAUUGCAGAUGCUUCUGAGCUGUUAAUCUUUGACUCACCUGAUGCUUCUGAGGCUUUUAGAUGCUUUAUGAUGCAGAGAGCAUCAAACUCUGAAGCACGUUUUAGAAAUGGUGUGGAGAAGCAAACAAUGCAGCACGAUUCAAACAAGGAACCGGAGUCCGCGAAUGCGAUUCCUUAUGAGGCUGUUUCACUCUUGCACCGUGGUAUAAGAAGACGUUGUCUUGACUUUGAGAUGCCCGGGAAUAAGCAAACAUCAAGUGAGAAUAACACCGCGGCUUGUGAAUCCUCUUCGAGAUGUGUUGUACCGAGUAUUGGUCUUCAUCUAAAUGCCAUUUUAAUGUCUUCAAAGGACUGUAAAACCAAUGUUACUCAAGAUUACUCAUGUUCUGCGAAUAUACAAGUGGGUUUACAAAGGUCCAUCUCUACACUGCAAGAUUCUUUGGACCAAACAGAAAAUGAAAUCCGGGAAGAUGCAGAUCAAGAUGUUCCUGUUGAACCAGCUUUGCAAGAGUUAAAUUUGAGCAGCCCUAAGAAGAAGAGGGUUAAGUUGGAUUCUGGAGAAGGCGAGUCGUGUAAGCGAUGCAACUGCAAAAAGUCCAAGUGUUUGAAACUUUACUGUGAAUGCUUUGCUGCUGGAGUCUAUUGCAUAGAGCCAUGUUCAUGUAUAGACUGCUUCAAUAAACCUAUCCAUGAAGACGUUGUCCUGGCGACUCGCAAACAGAUUGAAUCUCGGAAUCCACUUGCAUUUGCUCCUAAAGUCAUUAGGAACUCUGACUCAGUUCAAGAAACCGGGGAUGAUGCAAGCAAAACUCCAGCUUCUGCGCGCCAUAAACGUGGCUGCAACUGCAAGAAAUCAAACUGUCUGAAGAAAUACUGUGAAUGCUAUCAGGGUGGUGUGGGCUGUUCCAUAAACUGUAGAUGUGAAGGAUGUAAGAACGCAUUCGGCCGGAAAGAUGGGUCUUCCAUUGACAUGGAAGCCGAACAAGAAGAGGAAAAUGAAACAUCUGAGAAAAGCAGAACAGCCAAAAGCCAACAAAACACUGAGGUUUUAAUGAGAAAGGACAUGAGUUCUGCUCUACCUACGACACCAACGCCGAUUUACAGACCAGAACUGGUUCAACUACCUUUCUCAUCAUCUAAGAACAGGAUGCCUCCUCCACAGUCUCUUCUUGGAGGUGGAUCUUCCUCAGGGAUAUUUAACAGUCAAUAUCUAAGAAAACCAGACAUUAGUUUGUCUCAAUCCAGAAUCGAGAAGUCAUUCGAGACAGUCGCAGUUGAUGGAGCUGAACAAAUGCCUGAGAUUCUCAUCCAUUCCCCUAUACCUAACAUCAAGAGUGUCUCUCCCAACGGAAAGAGGGUCUCUCCUCCUCAUAUGGAAUCAUCUAGCUCAGGCUCAAUCUUAGGGAGAAGAAAUGGCGGGCGGAAACUGAUAUUGCAGUCGAUUCCAUCGUUUCCUUCUCUCACUCCCCAACACUGAAAGCAUUUGGUGUUGUGUAGCUAAGGAAAUUCUUUGAAUCUUUUUCAAGGUGAAAGAUGAUAUAAGUCAACUUCUAGUUGGUAGUAAGUUAGCACUUAGCACACUUUUAAAUCUGUAGUCUAGUCGUUGUGUAAUAAAGAUGUCAAUCCAUCAUGUUCUUCACAACAAAACCAAACAUUUCUUGUAAUAUAGGUUCCUUCUCUUGAAGUUCUACUAUAUCGAAACAUACUGUGUCUGCUUCUAAAAUCCGAGUUUCUGCCACGUUUCUCAUUCAACCCCAGCACUAGCUUUAUUUUAAAAUACAUCUUAAGCUAGUUGCUACAAUAUUUCAGAAAUCAUAUCAUAUUAUACUCUUCUAGAGUCAGUUCAAUGAAUAUCUUUACAAUAAUCUAUGAAAGACUAGAUGUAAUUUACCUUAUGAACCACCCUACUCUUCUUUAGUCGAAGACCUUAUACACCCGCAGAACCGGUUUUUCUUCUUUCUCGCACUUCUUUUUCCGCCCUUAUGAAUAAUGUCUCUCAAGAGAAUCACUGUCCUAGUCUCUGAAAACAUUUUCCUUCCUUUGCUUUUGGUGCCAUCUUCAAGCUUCAGAACUGUUUGCUCAAUGUUCUGCAUUUUGUUUUGCAGCUGCUCUAUCUUCUCAGACCCGCUUCUUGACUUCUCCACGACCACCUUUCUGUAUAUAUCUCUGGCAUCUCCAGUCUCUUCAAUUUCCUUUGAAAGAAUCUCGUUUGUGUUUUCCAGCUGCGAGACAGCUUCUUCCAUUUCUUUCAACUGUCUCUUCACUAUAACCAAAUCAGCGUUGCUGAAUCUUCUUUGUUUCUCAUUCAUCUCCAGCUUUCUUUUCAGAUCUGUUAGGCUAAUCCGGAGACUUGACAGUCUCCUUG